AUGUGUCCCGGCGGCGGCGGCGGCGGCGGCGGCGGCGGUGGUGCUGCGCUGCUCCUGCUGGUGGUGCUGUGCUGCUCCCCCUACAGCAGUGGGUUCCUGAUGCUGGGAGGCCCUCGGCUGCUCCACUCUUCUGAUGGAGCUUUGGCUUCUGUUUGCUCCAGACUCCUGGACCAGAACCUCCAGGAGGAACUGAGAACUCAGAGAGAGGAACCGGAGGAGGACUUGUCUUGUCUCCAGACUCUGCUGGACCGUGUCCUUCAGGCAGAUCUUCAGCCCGUGUUGUUUGUGGACCUGUCCGUGGUCUUCACAGGGUCCAGACCUGGUCCAGACCUGGAGCAGAGGCUGGACGUGCUGUUUGAGCAGCUGGGUGGGCAGGUGCGCACCUGGAUCCUGCUCCUGUCGAGCACCACUGUGAGGGAGCAGCAGUUCUACGCCGAGCUCCAGCGCAUCUUCAGAAGACACUUUCCACAUGAAGGUACGUCCCCUGGGUUCUCGGAUUCCUGGGUUCUCGGGGGAGUUCCUGGGUUUCUCGGGGGAGUUCCUGGGUUUCUCGGGGGUUCUCGGUUCUCGGGAGUUCCUGGGUUCUCGGGGUUCCUGGGUUCUCGGGGGAGUUCCUGGGUUUCCGGGGGAGUUCCUGGUUCUCGGGGAGUUCCUGGGUUCUCGGGGGUUCCUGGGUUCUCGGGGGAGUUCCUGGGUUCUCGGGGGAGUUCCUGGGGUUCUCGGGGGAGUUCCUGGGUUCUUGGGGGGUUCCUGGGUUCUCGGGGGAGUUCUCGGGGGUUCCUGGUUCUCGGGGGUUCCUGGGUUCCGGGGGUUCCUGGGUUCUCGGGGGAGUUCCUGGGUUCUCGGGGGUUCCUGGGUGGUUCUCGGGGAGUUCCUGGGUUCUCGGGGGAGUUCCUGGGUUCUCGGGGGAGUUCCUGGGUUCUCGGGGAGUUCCUGGGUUCUCGGGGGUUCCUGGGUUCUCGGGGAGUUCCUGGGUUCUCGGGGAGUUCCUGGGUUCGGGGGUUCCUGGGUUCUCGGGAGUUCCUGGUUCUCGGGGAGUUCCUGGGUUCUCGGGGGUUCCUGGGUUCUCGGGGGAGUUCCUGGGUUCUCGGGGUUCUGGGUUCGGGGGUUCUGGGUUCUCGGGGGAGUUCCUGGGUUCUCGGGGAGUUCCUGGGUUCUCGGGGGAGUUCCUGGGUUCUCGGGGGAGUUUCCUGGGUUCUCGGGGGAGUUCCUGGGUUUCUCGGGGAGUUCCUGGUUCUCGGGGGUUCCUGGGUUCUCGGGGGAGUUCCUGGGUUCUCGGGGGAGUUCCUGGGUUCUCGGGGGAGUUCCUGGGUUCUCGGGGGGGUUCCUCGGGGGAGUUCCUGGGUUCUUGUUGAUGUGCUUGAGGCAGAUGGCACAGAUUGUCAGUCAGAUCACGUUCUGUCUUUGGGGGUGAAAUCCCGGGACCUGUCGUCUCUGCCUGAGCUCCGGUCGGACCUGCCCGUGGAUUUCUUCUCCGUGGAGCUUCACCACGACUGUGACGUGGAGUCUGCGUUUGGAGACACGAUCGCAAACAUAAAGAGAGUGUCCGGACCUCGACCUGUUCUCAUCUACUCCAUCCACCUGGACCACUGCACGGACCACCAGCAGGUCCUGGGGAACCUGCUCACAGCUCAGCUCCAGUGGGACUUGGACCUGGUCGGGUUCGAGGUGUCGGUGGUGUUGGGUUUGUCUCUGGACGACAGCGUCUCUCACAGGUUCUGGUCGGACGUGGCCCCCCGCAGCGGCGCCUCCUUCCCUGCGGGCUUCCAGUGGGGCGUCUCCAGCGCUGCGUUUAAAGUGGAGGGGGGCUGGAGGGAGGGGGGUAAAGGAGAAACCAUCUGGGACAGACACCAGACUCGCCACUCCGCAGACGUGGCCUGUGACAGCUACAACAAAGUGCCCUAUGACGUGUCUCUGCUCAGAGGACUGGGCGUGGACUCAUAUCACUUCUCCAUCUCCUGGGCCAGGAUCUUCCCCACAGGGACAGGUUCUGCGAGCGAGGACGGGGCUCUGUAUUACGACUCGCUCAUAGACGCUCUGUUGGCGUCUGGGAUCCGGCCUCUGGUUUCUCUGUUUCACUGGGAUCUUCCUCAGACGCUGCAGGAAUCUGGAGGCUGGACCGACCCGUCCAUAGUCCAGGCCUUCAGGGACUACGCCGACUUCUGCUUCUCCCGAUACGGAGACCGAGUCCAGGACUGGAUCACCUUCAGCAGCCCCUGGACAGUGAGUCACGCCGGGUACGGCACCGGGGAGCACCCCCCAUGGCGCCGAGACUACCAACGCAGCGCCUUCCAGGCGACGCACAACCUGCUGAAGGCGCACGCCGAGGCCUGGCACCUGUACGACCAGCGUUACCGCGCCACGCAGAGAGGAGAGGUGGGCAUCGCUCUCAACUCCGACUGGGCACAGGCCCUGGACCCAAACAACCCAGAAGACCAGGACGCCGCCCAGAGGUACCUGCAGAUGAUGCUGGGCUGGUUCGCUCACCCCAUCUUCGUGGACGGCGACUACCCUCCGGAGCUCAAGUCCCAGGUGGAGCUGAAAGCCAAAGAAUGUCCCGGAAACCCUCCGGCCGUUUUACCGCAGUUCAGCGCCGAGGAGAAGCUCCGCCUCAAAGGAACCGCCGACUUCUUCGGUUUGACGCAUUACACGUCGCGCCUGGUCAGCCACAAGAGGGCGUCCUGCGGCGGCUCCGGCCCCGAGGCGCUCAUGGACUACCAGACGCACGUAGACCCGACGUGGACGCCCACCGCCUCCGACUGGAUCUACCUGAACCCGGGAGGACUCCGGAGUCUGCUCAAGGACAUUUCAGAGAAGUAUCUGAGAGAGAGGAGCGUGCCGCUGUACCUGACCGGAGUGGGGAUGCCAACAGGGGGCGACGCCGAGCUGCUGCAGGACACCACCAGAGCUGAGUUCAUCCGCCGCUGUGUGGACGAGGCGCUGAAAGCCAUAGUCCUGGACAAAGUGGACCUGCGGCGCUUCACGGUCGAGUCUCUGUUGGACGGGUUUGAAGGAGCUCACGGCUACAGUCAGCGCUUUGGUCUUCACUACGUGGACUUUACGUCUCCGGACCGUCCCAGAACGCCCAAAACGUCCGCCUACGUCUACUCGCAGAUCAUCGAACAGAACAGAGCCGGCGACGGCCUCAAGGCGGCGCGCUCCCCUCCGCCCGUCUCCUUCACGCCGGGACUGAAGAACCUGCCCGCCUCACAGGUGCCCUCCCAGGCGUCAGUGGUGUGGGAGAAGUUCUCUCACUGGUCAGAGUUCCAAACCAAAAUGUAUUAUUACGGAACAUUUCCCGACGACUUCCUGUGGGGAGUCACGUCCUCGGCCUAUCAGGUCGAAGGAGCCUGGAACACUGAAGGGAAAGGCCCCAGUAUCUGGGACACUUUUACUAAUAAGAGCUCCAGUGGAAUCCCAGAAAAUGCUACUGGAGAUGUGACGUGCGACAGCUACAACAAACUGACCGAAGACUUAAACCAGAUUAAAGCUUUAGGAGUCAAGUCCUAUCGAUUUUCCAUCUCCUGGUCCAGGAUCUUUCCCGAUGGCAUGACUACAACGCCCAACGCUCCAGGUGUGGCCUAUUACAAUAGCCUGAUUAACAGUCUGGUGGGUCUGGGCGUGGCUCCGGUGGUGACUCUGUACCACUGGGACCUGCCUCAGGCGCUGCAGGACAUCGGCGGCUGGGAGAACAACCAAAUCAUCCAACAUUUCAACGCUUAUGCCGACUUCUGCUUCAAGACGUUUGGAGACAGAGUGAAGUUUUGGAUCACUUUUAACGACCCGUUCUCAAUCGCGUGGAAAGGCUACGGCAGCGGAGAGUUGCCCCCAAAUCUAAAAGCGAAUCCUGGAGAGGUUCCGUAUAAAGUUGGACACAAUCUGAUCCUCGCUCACGCCACGGUUUACAAGACGUACGCCACAUAUCGUCCGACGCAGAAAGGCCUGGUCAGUAUCGCUCUGCACGCAGACUGGUAUGAGCCGCUGGACGUGAACACGCCCCGAGAGCUGGAGGCCGCAGACAGGGCCAUGCAGUUCAGGCUCGGAUGGUUCGCUCACCCCAUCUUUAAGAACGGAGAUUAUCCUGAAGCCAUGAAGUUUCACGUAGGAAACAAAAGCGACCUUCAACGUCUCAAAGAAUCCAGACUGCCGACUUUCACCGCAGAGGAGAAGAACUUAAUCAGAGGAACUGCAGACGUGUUCUGUGUUAAUCACCAAACCACCAGAAUCGCCAAAUACUCCACGCAGCGCCUCAAACCGCAGUCCUACGAGUACGACUGGGACAUCGUGGAGCAGGAGCUGACGGACUAUCCGCAGACGGGCGUGAAGGGUCAGAGGGCGGUGGCUUUCGGUCUGAGGCGGGUGCUGACCUGGAUAAAGGAAGAGUACGGGAAUCCCGAGGUGUACGUGACCGAUAACGGGGCGGCCACCGAGAGGAAGGUGAGCGUCGAUGACAUUGACAGAGUGUUUUUCCUCAAGACCUACAUCGACGAGGCGCUCAAAGCUCAGGGCGUGGACGGCGUGCGUCUUCGCGGUUACCUGGGGGCUCCUCUCAUGGACUCGUUCGAGUGGCUGCAGGGCUACACUGUGGGCAGCGGUCUGGUCCACGUGGACUUCACUAAACCGGAGCGACCCCGGACGCAGAAGUACUCGGCCACGGUCUACAGCAGCAUCAUCACCCAGAACGGGUUUCCUCCUGGUCCUGACGAGAUCCUGCUGCACGGACACUUCAGAGACGGCAUGAUGUGGAGCACGGCCACCGCCUCCUAUCAGAUCGAGGGCGGGUGGCGAGCCGACGGUAAAGGCCUCAGUAUCUGGGACACGUUCGCGCACACGCCGCUCCGCGUUUCCAACGACGACACGGGCGACGUGGCCUGCGACAGUUACCACAAGUUUGAGGAGGACGUGGGCAUGCUGCAGGAGCUCGGGGUGGGGUUCUACCGCUUCUCCAUCUCCUGGUCCAGAGUCCUGCCCGACGGCACAACGGCACACGUCAACGAGCCCGGCGUGCGGUACUACGAGGACCUGGUGGACGCUCUGCUCCAGGCCGGAAUCCAACCACAGAUCACGCUGUACCACUGGGACCUGCCCCAGGCGUUGCAGGACGUGGGCGGGUGGGAGAACGAGACGGUGGUGGAGCGUUUCAGGGACUACGCCGACCUGAUGUUCACCCGCCUCGGGCCCAAAGUCAAACUCUGGAUCACCAUCAACGAGCCGUACAUCAUCGCCAACGUGGGCCACGGGUACGGAGCCGCCGCGCCCGGGAUCUCGUUCCGGCCGGGGACUCUGCCGUACAUCGUGGGUCAUAACCUGCUGAAGGCCCACGCCGAGGCCUGGCACCUGUACAACGACCGGUACCGAGCGUCUCAGGGAGGACGGAUCUCCAUCACCAUCAACUCGGACUGGGCAGAACCUCGGAACCCGCACAAGCAGGAGGACGUGGACGCCGCCCACCGAUACGUCCAGUUCCAGUUGGGCUGGUUCGCUCAUCCCGUUUUCGUUGGAGAUUACAGCGACCUCAUGAAGACCAUCAUCAGGGACCGGAGCCUGGCAGCCGGCCUCACCAAGUCCAGGUUACCUGAGUUCACUCCGGAGCAGAUCCAGAGGAUUAAAGGGACUCAUGAUUAUUUUGGCUUUAACCACUACACCACCAAACUGGCCUUUCCACUCGACUACGGCAACCUGCAGCACUACGACGCCGACCGGGGCACGGCGACGGUGGUGGACCGGUCCUGGCUGGACUCUGGCUCUGGGUGGCUCAAAGUGACUCCGUUUGGAUUCAGACGGAUUUUAAACUUCAUCAAGAUGAACUAUGGAAACCCCCCGAUCCUGGUGACGGAGAACGGAGUGAGUCAAAGAAUCAUGGAGCUGAACGACAGGCUGCGACAACACUACUACACCGAGUACAUCAACCAGGCCCUCAAAGCGUCCUUGGUGGACGGCGUGGACCUCGUUGGCUACACCGCCUGGUCGCUCAUGGACAACCUGGAGUGGGCCACGGGUUUCGCCGAACAGUUCGGUUUGUUCUUCGUGAACCGGACCGACCCGGGACUGAAGAGGAUCCCAAAAGUCUCGGUCCAGACCUACUCCACCAUCAUCAGGUGCAACGGCUUCACUGACCCCGAGUCCGGACACGAGUGUCUGCAGCCCCCGACCGAAGUGACGACCGCUCCUCCGGUCACGGUGGCGCCUCCUGCGGUCGUCAGGUUCCUGGGGAUGGACUUGACCGCGGACGAGGCCGCGACGGGACUCAGCGUGACCUUCGGGCUCCUGGUGGCCGCGAGCGUCGCCGCCGUGGGCUCUGCGAUCUUCUUCUCCGUCCGCAGAAAAUGACAGAACAGAGACUAGAACCGUCUUUAGGUUCAGGUUUGGGAAAUGUUCCACAGAAUAUGGAACUGUUCCGUUGAUUUUAUUUGAAAAUGUUUCUAUUUUGUAAAAGAUUUAUCACCAAACACAGAAGUAGUUUUGGUGUUUUUGGUUCGUUGUUCUUUUGAAGGAUCACAGUUUUAUGUUUGAUUUAGGAGUAACUGUUUUCACUGAAGCCUCGACUCUUGUGGCUCUCGAGUUUAGAACUUUGGACGAUGGAGCGAACUGGGCUGGUCCAUCAAACCACCAUAAAAAUAAAGUUUCAGAACCUUGA